AUGGCUCGGUGCACACCCAAUGGCAUUGCUUCGGCAAUGCAAGCGCUGCGGCUACACUCCUCAUUACCAUCUCGGUCCACGAUCCCGGCUUUCCGCCAGACAGUUCGUAAAUAUGCGACCGAGACUGAGCCCGAGCAGCCCGUGGUCUCGGAGCAACCCGUGAUCUCGGAGCAGCAGCAGCAGCAGCAGCAGGCGCCGCCGCCUCCACCGCAGGAAGUGACUGCGGCUCCCAAAAUCAAUUUUGACCUAUUCCGCCUCCAACCUGCCCGAAUCAUUCCUGCAUCCCCCUCCUACUUCUCCGGCAACCCACGCUUCACCGACCACGUCCUCCGCCUGGAAGCCCUGCAACUCAAAUACACCCGUCUCCCUACCGUAACACCCGGCGAAGCACCACGCAUGGCCUGGUUCAAGCUUGCACAGUUCCGUGACUUCGUGGGUGAAGCUGUGCCAGUCAAGAAGUACAAGAGCUUGGUCAAGAUCCUGCAGCGACUGAACCGGAUCCAGCCCGGCCUCGUGCCGAAAGAGGUUCGCACUGCCCUUCGGGAAUUUUUGCGUCCCGGAAACCCGUACGCAUUAAAGAAUGCGCCGCGUGUUGUGGAUGAGAAUGGACUUGCGCGGGCGAAGGGCAAGCGUAAGGAGUCAGCUGCUGUUGUGCGCCUAGUUGAGGGUGAGGGUGAGGUCCUUGUUAAUGGCAAGUCGAUCGUGGAGGUUUUCCAGCGCGUGCAUGAUCGUGAGAGCGCCCUGUGGGCACUGCGGUGUACUCAGCGGUUGGACAAGUAUAAUGUGUGGGCUCGUGUGCGCGGUGGUGGUGUGACAGGCCAAGCCGAGGCUAUCACUUUGGCCAUUGGGCGAGCAUUGUUGAUUCAUGAGCCAGGCUUGAAGCCGAUUUUGCGAAAGUCUGGUGUUAUCAGUGUCGAUGCUCGUCGUGUGGAGAGGAAGAAGCCGGGUCACGUCAAGGCUCGCAAAAUGCCUACCUGGGUCAAGCGUUGA